UCGUCGGACGCAGGGACUCUGGAAGAUAACCGAAGGACCCGACACGCGCCUCUCUACGUACGUGGGCAGGGGCGAGCCCGCCACGCGAUAAAGCUGCAUGCCGUCUCCCUGCCAAAUGUUGCACCACGCCCGGGAUUGCGUGCGCACCCCUAUCCGCCACUCCAUGCCUAUACCUCCACACCGCACGCGCUCAGAUCACACCACACGUAGCUACGUACUAGCCGAGUAGCCGGCCAGCUCGUCGAUCGCCAUGGCGCAAGCCGAGCGCGAGAAGCUCAGCGUGGCCAUGUUCCCCUGGCUCGCGCACGGGCACAUCACCCCCUUCCUCGAGCUCGCCAAACGCCUCACCUCCGACGACCAAGUUGGCGUCGACGUCAUCGUCCACCUCGUCUCAACGCCCGUCAACCUCGCGGCCAUCGCGCACCGCCAGACAGCCAGGAUCAGGCUCGUAGAGCUCCACCUUCCGGCUCUGCCCGACCUGCCGCCCGCUCUGCACACCACCAAGCACCUGCCGGCCCGCCUCAUGCCCGUCCUCAAGCGCGCGUGCGACCUCUCCGCGCCGCGCUUCGGCGCGCUCCUCGACGAGCUCCGCCCGGACGUCCUGCUAUACGACUUCCUCCAGCCGUGGGCGCCGCUCGAGGCCGCGGCGCGCGGCGUGCCCGCAGCUCACUUCAGCACCUGCAGCGCCGCCGCCACGGCGUUCUUUGUCCACUGCCUCAGCGCCGACCGCGCGCCCCGCGCGUUCCCCUUCGAGGCCAUCAGCCUCGGCAGCGCCGAGGAGGAAGCCAAGUACACCGCUCUGUUCGCCAUACGCGAGGACAACAACUCCUUGGUCUCCGAGCGCGACCGCCUGCUGCUGAGCCUGGCGCGGUCGUCGGGGUUCGUGGCUGUCAAGACGUGCGCGGACAUCGAGCGCAAGUACGUGGACUACCUGUCCGAGCUCGUGGGAGGCAAGGACAUCAUCCCCUGCGGGCCGUUGCUCGUGGACUACGGCGAUGGCGAGCCGCAACAUGGAACGGGGGAGUCCGGGGAGCCCAACCGCGUCAUGCGGUGGCUCGACGGCCAAGAGCCUGGCACCGUGCUACUCGCCUCCUUCGGCAGCGAGUACUUCAUGUCGGAGCAGCAGAUCGCGCAGAUGGCGCGCGGGUUGGAGCUGAGCGGCGAGCGGUUCGUGUGGGUGGUGCGGUUCCCGAAAAGCCCCGAUGAAGACCGCGACGCGGCGCGUGCGCUGCCCCGCGGGUUCGCUCCGGCGCGCGGGCUGGUGGUGGAGGGGUGGGCGCCGCAGCGGCGCAUCCUGUCGCACCCUUCCUGCGGCGCGUUCCUGACGCACUGCGGAUGGAGCUCGGUGCUGGAGUCCCUGUCCGCGGGUGUGCCGAUGGUCGCGCUGCCGCUGCACAUCGACCAGCCGCUGAACGCCAACCUGGCCGCGGAGCUGGGCGCGGCCGCGCGCGUGCCGCAGGAGCGGUUCGGGGAGUUCAGGGCCGAGGACGUGGCGCGCGCGGUGCGCGGGGCGAUGCGCGGGGAGGAGAGCCAGAAGGUGAGGCGCCGUGCGAGGGAGCUGCGGGAGGUGGUGGCGCGGAACGACGCGAACGACACGCAGAUCGGCGCGCUGGUCGAGCGCAUGGCGCGGCUCUGCGGCAAGGGCCAGGGAUCGCAGGUGGCCGUGCCGAACUGAGUUCGGUUGGCACGCUUGCACGGCCUCGUUUUUUUCUGAAGGACACUUGCACGGCUUCGUUUGAUUAGUGGCUCACAUCAUGUGACACCUGCCGAAGUCUGAAAUUUACUAUGCACAUGCACCACGACGAUCUAAGU